AUGGCUGUCGGAGCGCAGCGGGCAGCGGGGGCGGGCGUCGUCUCGGCAGUGGCAGCUCCCCAUCUCCCCAACUCACGGCGCAGCAGCCUCUGGGCAGAGCCAGCGUGUAGAUCCGCACCUCCGCCCACUGCUAUCGAGCUGCAAGCACCAAUUGAUGAUGUGACCGGGUUGCCGCUGAUAAUGUGCCCGAAUUACAAGGACAUGAGGGUGUUUGCUGCCACUACCACACAGUCUGAGUAUAACGUUGGAAGGAGGUUUUUCAAGUGCUCCAGGAAGAACUAUCGAAAUGGGACAUGUUCCAGGUAUUGGUUCAAGGAAGAAUAUGUGGUGUACCUUCAAGAUAAUGGUUAUCUACUGCCAGCUUCCUCGACCAUUGUAGUAGCUUCGACAACAGAUGUUCCUAAGCUGGUGGACAAAAUUGAUAGCAUAGAGGAGAAUCUAAACAAGGUGAAGGAAAUGGUUGUCAAGAAUAGGGAAGGCAUGGGAAGCUGCAUUUGUCUUGUGUGUGGGUGUCUAAAUGUAACAUUCUUGGUGUUGGUCAUCUUGUUGGUUGUAGCUAUAGUGUUGAAGUAA